CAUCGAUGCAGGUUCGAUCUAUGGGAAGGUUUUUUUUUCUCCCCAUUUUUUAGCCUGACACGUGUCAGUUAAAUGUUUUCUUCUUAUGCCACCUGUUUCAUUGCGUGUCUACCUCAUUCAUUUCCCAUUUGGUUAAAAGUCUCCGGUUUAAUUUCCCAGAGAACAUCACAACACUGACGAUGAUCUAGGGUUUCUGUUUUGUUGCAAACGGCCGAUGGUGACGAUGGAGUUGUUUCCCACGCAUAUGUUAGCGGCGGCAAUAGUUUUGUUUUCGUUCAGUUGGUUAGACAGAGAAAGAGAGGGGCGAUGGAGAUGCUAAAGGUCGUCCGACCGUUCUGCUCCGGCGAACAAUGCAAAGGGCGAUGGUGCUGCUCUGAUUUUGUGGUUGUUUUGGUUUUUAGUGCUAGCCUUUUGACGACGGUGCUAAAAGAUCUGAUAAGGUGCGAAGAGGCUAAUCUGAACGAUCUGACAACUAUCCUUUAUAUCAAACGUUAUAAAAGGUACUUUUCUAUUUUUUCCACUUAGUGUUUCUGAGUUUUUGGGUUUUACAGUCGAUCAGUGGUAACAUGUAGAGGUUUUAUAAGCAGGUAUGUUUAUCAUAAAUGUUUGAUCUUUGAUGUUUUGUGAACUUCAACUUGGGGAUUUUGUGGACGAAGUUGGAUUUUUGAUAAUUUCUUUUGUUUUGAUUUUCUGCGCCAUGGACGCUCCUCUCUCCUUCGGUUAUGUCGCUGCUGCUCUGGCGAUGUCCAGUCUCUUCCAGUUGGUGGGUUUGAGAAUAUUGUGAAGGUGAGUGUGGAGUUGGUGGUUGAUGCUGCGAACCUCGCGUCUACUAGCCGGCCGUUUGAGGUGGUGUACCACCCUCGCGCAAGCACGUUUGAGUUCUAUGUGAAAACGUCGACUGUAAAGGCAACAAUGCGGAUUCAGUGGUCUCCAAAAAUGAGGCUUAAGAUGGCUUCAGAGACGAAGGUUUCGCCUCAAAUUAGCUGGUUCAUGUGCACGAUUUCUUUGGAUGAUGUCAAAGGUCAGUACCGUUGGUCGAAUUCGCCUUGGAGGCUUCUUGAGGUCGCGUGGGAUGAACCCGAUUUGCUACAAAACGUGAAAUGGGUCAGGCCGUGGUUAGUUGAGUUGGUGUUAUAUGUGCCAUUGAUUCAUAUUUUGCCGUCUUCGCCUCCAAGUUGAUCUCUAAUCAGCAAGAAGUGUGGUUGACUAAAGUGUAUUUGGUCUAUAAAAAUCCCUCUCCUUUAAAAAAAAGUAUCAUCUCUGUUUUUGGGGGUUAUUAACCCCCAUUCGACCCUUGGUGUUUUAGCGAGUGUUUUAGGCGAUGUCGGCUGGGUUGAACAAUAUAUUUGUGCGUGGAAUGUUGGUAUUCACUGAUUUAGGUGGUGGCUAAUUUGGACGGUGAAGCUACAUCACGAAAACUCCACCGCUUCCCGUUCCAGUCUAUUUGUUUCAUUCAGUUGAUUGCCUAAAUAUACUGUUCUAGCGACUUUUGGGCCUGUCGCCUACCCAGUGAUGAUGGUGUGUUGCUACUUGGUAUGGCAACUCCGGUUGCAACCAUGGCGCCACUGAGCUGGCUAUUCUUAACGACUAUGAGGAAGUGUGCUUCUAACCUAUUUUCCUCUUUUCAACGACCAUGAUGAUGUUUUUAGAUCUGAGUCGAUUGGUGUUGGUGAUUUCGUUUUGCUCACUGAAGUUUAAGGCAAAAUAUUGUUCCAAACUCAUGAUGGCUGUGAUGACUAUGGUAGAAGCCAUUGCUUGGCGUGGCAUAAUUAAGGAGAGUAAGUGUGAUAUUCUCCACUUGCAACCGUUUUGUAGCCACGACGGUCCGAUUGCCAAAUCUGAGCCGAUUCGGUUAAUAUGUUAAAUUAGUUGUAGCUUCCUGAUUGAAAGUGAAUAUGCAUGUUAUGAACUCAAAAGAGGACAAAAACAAGAUCAAUAUCAUUUAUGUGAAGUGAUCAAAAUUUUGUUGUGUUGUUGGAAUAGAUGGGGAUUUAUUGGUAGCUCUGUUUCUUUAGAUUUUAGGUUUGAUAGCUCCAUCGGUCACUGUGGUUUCAGACUUUGGCUCUGCAACGGUUGAUUUCGGAACUGAUUUGGCUAUCAGCACAUAGAAUUCAAUCCGGAGACAUGGAGAUGCAUGCGACAAAUGGUUGAUGAUGGCCUACUAUCCUUUUCGGUUAAACGACGACGAUAUGUGACAACAAGGUGGCUAAUCAAGGCGGCGAUGAUGAUGAAGCCAGCAAGGGCGAGGGAGGUAGAUGUGGCCGCCGCAGGUGUCCACUUUCCAGCAGGCAGUGGCUCAAGCUGGUGGAUAAGGGCUGCAGAUAAACCGUUACAUUGAAGCAUGCUACGUUAGAAGCCAUAAGGGAUCAGGUGCAGGAGCGCAAAUGACAGGAAGUUGUACACUUGUACGCCUAAAUGUCUCAAUUUUGUUCGGUGCAUCUAUAAACAACAGCAUGAUAGAUUAACGACAAACGGUUGUUAAUAUGAGGAAUGCUUGCAACCGUAACUAAUUGAAUCUAAAUUGUAAUGUCGCGCAACGCGCGACAAGAAAUAUCCCUAGUAAUAAUAAUAAUUAACUUUUAUACUUUUAGAUUUGCUUUUAAAUAUUAGCCAUUUCCUUUAUUCUGUUUUUUGAAAGGUAAUUUCCUUUAUUCUGUGACGUUUUAUAAAAUAUAUAAAAAAAACAUAUUGAAGCAAUGUUUUAAAAACCGGUUUUUAAUCAAACCGGAUUGGGCUAAAAAAUGGUUCAACCGGGUUGACUAGCAUAAAUUACAACAUCAACUUAAAAAUUAAUCCAAAAAUGAAUGAUUAUGUAUUAAAAGAUAAUCCAAAAGUAAAUCCAUAAUAAAAGAUAAUCCAAAAGAUAAUCGAAAAUCAUUCAAUUUUCCAACAAGCUGUUUUAAAUGAAAGUGUACGAUAUGUUAAGCCAUUUGAGUGUUGAAUACAUCAACUAUUUUCGUUUCAUACAAUAUUAAAUAAGAACUUUUAGUUACGAAUAAUAAUAGUAUAUAAAAAUUACAUAAGAUAACUAACAUAUAUAUUGAACAUAAGUAUCAAUUCAAACUAAAAUAGCCGUGUGCCGGUAUCGGUAUUACGUUUUAAAUCGGUAUACCGGAUUUUACUGCCAGUACAAACAAGGGCGGACCUAAAGUCAACCCAAGGUGGGCGGGCGCACCCCCGGGGGAAAAAAAAAUUAGUGCUAAAUUCCGUCGAAAAUCCCGUCCGCACCCCUUGGAAUUUUUCGUCCGCACCCCUUAGGUAAAAGUGUUAUCAAUUUAUAUUUUAAACCCAAAUACCCAUACCUUUACCCACUUAUAAUUCCUAACUAGCUAGCCACUAAGUCUUAGCUCGUUAACCAAACCCAACAAUAUUUCAAACUAUAAUAAAAUAAUUAAAGCCCAAACCUUUAGAAAUUCUCUCCCUCUCUCUCUCUCUCUCUUGCGUCCCUGCACUGCCAACGAACAACAUCACCUAGCGACAACAGUCCAGCAGCCGGCAACCACCGUAGUCAGCCACCAUACCACUGUCGUUUGACACCAAAACUAACCGGAAUCCGAACACGGGUAAGUUUCUUUGUUAUUUUGAUGAUUUUGGUUGAUAUUAUAGGAGAAAAAAGGGGUAAUAAAGUUGUUAAAUAGGUUUGAAAUUUUAUGUGUUUUGACGCUGUUUAUGGUUGUUUAGAUGAUUUUAGGGUGAUUAUGUUGUUUAUAUAUUUUUAGGUUGAUUAUGUUGUUUAUAUAUUUUUAGGGUGAUUACAACUUACGUUAUGAUUUCUAGGGCUUGAAUAGUUGAAAGUUAAAAUUGAAACAUUAUGUUAUGGAGCGAUGAACUUAUGUUAUAUAAAGAAAGAAUUGCUUAAGAAAUUAGUUUAUGAUGAUAUUUUGGAUAGAUUUCAAAAAAUGAAAACCCGUAGGACGUCGACGUUUUAAUUAUGUUUGUAACAAGGUUUAACAUGUUUUUGAUGAUUAUAUAAAUUCAGUUUGAUGUUCGUUUAUUUUACAUGACCCGACCCGACCCGAUACGAACCGAUUUUUUACUUAUAUACCUAGGGGCCUAAAAUUUUUAAAAAUUUUCCGCACCCCCAUGGAAAAAUUUCUGGGUCCGCCACUGAGUACAAACCUUAUGUCGUUUCAUUUAUUUACUAGGGUGUUUCGUAUCGGAUUUACAUCUGAAAACGGUAAUACCGGUAUAACGGUUUUUAAAGCAUUGUAUCGUAUUAAAGUACAAACGAACUGAAAGCUGCUAUUAAACAGUAUACUCAAAUACUUAUCAAAUAAAUUCAAACUAAAAAAACUAAUAAUAUUUUCAAUACUUCUAAUUUGCAUACUAAUCAUUUAGUGAUUGCAGUUAUUUUCACAUAUGAAUCUUGCACUUAGCCAUUUAGGCAUUAAUAAAAAAGUUAACAUUACAUGUAUAUCUUUUUAGGAAAUAGCAUUUAUAUUUCUUAACCUUUCAACAAAAGUAUCUUAAAGAAAUUACAAACAUAAUAUUAAAAAGAUAGUAUAUUAGACCAUUGGUUCCAUUAAACAAAUAUCUAUAUUUACAUCUAGAUGUGUAAUAUACACAUACAUAUAUAAUAAACAAUACAUUACAUUCAUGUGUCUUUUAUUCAAAUUCAGUUUUCUCCUUUUACAUUUUCACCAUUAUAUAUAAUAAUACAUACAAUACAAAGUAACACAAAAUUGUCAUUUUCACUCAUAAUUUUCGUUUUAAAAGUUUGUCAUUUCCUACAUUUUCACUCUUUGUAGAAAGAAAAUACAACUCAACAUAUACAUAUAAUAUAUAUACCUGUAAUUUUUAUUUAAAAUCUUUAUUAAUUUUGUUUACAGUAAAUGUUAUAUUGGACCAUUGGUUUCAUUAAACUCAGUGUGUAAAUAAGUUAGUUGUAAAAAUAAACAUUUAUCUACCAUUCACCAUCACAAUAUUAAUUACAUUUGGUUGUUAUUACACCUGAAAAUUCCAAUCAGAUUCUCUCAAAUCAUUUCUUUUUCUACUAAAUCCAUCAUUAACUUUCCACCGUCCGAUCAUUUCCACCCUUACCUUUAUCUCCCUCCACACUUUCUUCCCCUUUGCAUAUUCUCAACUAGCUCGUUGUUUUCUGUUAUAGAGAGAGAAACAAACAGAAGCUAGAGAGAGAAAGUGUGUGUUUUCUUACAGUUUGAUUUCUUCAAAGCUUUCAACAGCAAUAGCAAUCUCUCUGUGUGUGUGUGUGAUCUACUGAUCUAUGAUUGAAGAAACAGCUACCAGCGGAUACGAACAAACGGAAGAAAUUAAAACUGAAAUUGAAAUUGAAGUUGAAGGUCCGGUGAUGGAGGUUUCAGUUCCACGUGGAACCGUUCGCCAGAGUAGAGAUGAAGACGUUACAGAUGUUACGAUCUCCGGCACCGGUAAGAGACGAAGAUUUGAUUCUCAGGAGAACGUUUUUCAGCUUCAGUAUCGAUCUCGACGUGACGAUGACGUCAUCUCUGGUGCAUCUGAUCAUCAUGUGAAUUCAGCGCUUACGUGCUCAAUAAACGACGAUUCGAUCUCAGAUCUGAAGGCUGAGUGUGUUUCCGAAACGGAUAUCUUCGUGUCUAGUAACAAUAACGACGGUUACAGUAGAGAUACAUCUACAUCAAGUGUUGUUUGCUUUGAAUCUGAAGAAAUGGAGUCGUUAUCAACGGUUACUGUGAACAAAAAGACGUUGACGAUUGAGGCUACUUCUCGCCGGAAACCACCGCAUACGGCGGUGACGAUGCCGUCAGCAGCGGAGCUAGAAGAAUUCUUUUCCAAAGCAGAAAAGUUAGAGCAGAAACGAUUCGCUGAAAAGUACAACUUUGACAUAGUGAAAGACGUUCCAAUGGAAGGAAGGUAUCAAUGGGUGCAGUUGAAGCCCUAAUUGUCAAUUAAUUAGUCUGAUGAUCUACAGCUGCUAAUUUCUAAUGAUAACCUGUAUGUAACUAAUUUCCAUUUUCUGGUCCUGUUAUCUGCUACAAUUUAGGUGUAUCUGUCUUCAUCGAAUUGCUAAUAUUAUUACGUGUACUUCACUCACCCUUAGAAGUUUCUUAUUCUGCAACAUAACUCACAUUUUUACUAUC